CAGUGGAUUCGCGUGUAGCUCCAGUAAAUGUACCAAUUGCAAUGUACGAAAUAAUGGCUAUGUUUCAAUGAAAAAUUUAUGAAUAAUUGUAUUAUCUCUUUUGUUCAAUUAUAUUUGAAAAUCAUAAGUUCAUGAAUUCUGGAUGAAUUUGAAUACAGAGCGUGACACAUAAAAGUUCACAGACUUAAAACAGAGAGGUUAAAUACCAUAACCUUAAAAAAAGUGAUCAGAUUUAAGAUGUGUCACAGUAUUUUGUAUUAUUCAUGAAUACAAUUAAAGUGAAAACUAAAUAAAUAUCCGAAUAUUUGGAUAAUAUUGGAGAUAUAUUGAAGAUAUAAAAUUACUAUAUAUUGUUACCAUUUAAAGUAACAUUUGUGAAAAAUGAUGGGAAGCAUCCGUUUCUGUGCUAAUACCCAAUUAAGAAAUACAGUCAUUUCAACAUUAAAACCAAUGAGAAACCAUUCACAUUGUUGUUCAUUGAAUAGAAAGAUAUAUUAUCUUCAAAGCCAGCAAAGAGUACCACAAGUCAAUCAGCACUCUGACAUUUUACUGUACAAUACUAAAGUGGCCAAUGAAAGAAAUUUUUCUAUGACCUGUGUAUUAGCAAAAAGCAAAGAUCGUGGUAAAGAUAAAAAGAAACAGAAAACACAGCAUAUUGAUUAUAAUGAAAUGGGACAAGUGGUUAACGUCGAUAACAUAACUUCUCAAUUUGAGAAAGCAAUUGAAGGCCUGAAAAAUGAUUUCGUCAAGUAUUUGUCAGUAAGAUCAGCAGUGGGUGCUAUUGAGGAAUUGACUGUAAAAUUUGAGGACAAGAAUUAUACGUUACAGGAGCUUGCACAGAUUAGUCGUAAACCAAAAUUGAUUGUGCUGGAUGUAUCGACAUUUCCACAAACUAUACCAGAAAUACUGAAAAGCUUGCUGAACAAUCAGAUGAAAUUAAAUCCACAACAAGAUGGAACCACAAUUUAUCUUCCUAUCCCUAAGGUAACAAAGGAACAUAGAGAAACCUUAUUUAAAAACGCAAAAAGCUUUUACGUGAAGUGCUGCGACAAUAUUAGAGACAUACGUAACAAGGAAAUUAAGGUAGUGAAACGUAAGGAAGGAUUAGCCAAAGAUGUGGCAUUUAGAAUAGAAAACAACAUAGAUGGUCUUAGUCGUCAAUAUAUGGCUACAGCUGAACAGAUGCUGGAAACCAAACAGAAAGAUUUGUUCGGUGAUUCUGACUAAAUGUUUUGGUUUUAAUAAUUUCCAAUUUUAAUAUAUUAUUACAUUUUUAACUGCUGUAUGCAGAUAAUGUACAAAGCAAUUAAUAAAAGCAAAUUUAAUUAAUAAAUGGAAAAAUACAUGUGUACAAUAUUA